CUGAGGAAUGAGCAGUCUCCAGCUGGGGAUUUUCUAGAGGAGCUGGGAGGUUCUUGUGCUGGAAUCGAGGGAGGCAGAGCUCAUCCCCCUCCCCCCCACACCUCCAGGCUCUGCUGAGCCAUGUCAGGAUCACAGCUGCUAGGGGGCUGAGGGCGGAGCCCAGCAGCAUGGGCGGUCAUCGGACCCCCUGACCGCCUCUCGCCUGGCCGCAGACCCCUGGGGCCAGGAGGCUCCAGGAGAAGCCAGAUAGUGCAGGCACGGGAUUGGGCAAGUUUUCAAGCUGACCCACUUGUGGAGCGGCAAUCAUCUCAGUAGCUCAAGAUCCGUGUUAAAAAAAAAAAAAAAAUGAGUGAAAUAGACCAGAAAAGAACAGCCCCGUGGCAAGCAGGAAGGGGUUUUUCCCUUCUGCUGACGAUGUCCAGCCCUUGGUAUAGCCUAAGCCACCUCCCAUAAACAAGAUGCUGGUGGAAAGACCGGCCCGGUACCUGAGCCCAUGAGGGGUGGUGAGGCUCCUUCCGGUCCAAAGAUGGUGAACGUCACUGAAGACAACUCCUCACUGACCUGCACCAUCGACCACACCAUCCACCAGACGCUGGCCCCCGUGGUCUACGUCACCGUGCUGGUGGUGGGCUUCCCGGCCAACUGCCUGUCCCUGUAUUUUGGCUACCUGCAGAUUAAGGCCCGCAACGAGCUCGGUGUCUACCUGUGCAACCUGACGGUGGCGGACCUCUUCUACAUCUGCUCGCUGCCCUUCUGGCUGCAGUACGUGCUGCAACAUGACAACUGGUCCCAUGGCGACCUGUCCUGCCACGUGUGCGGCAUCCUCCUGUACGAGAACAUCUACAUCAGCGUGGGUUUCCUCUGCUGCAUCUCCAUCGACCGCUACCUGGCCGUGGCCCACCCUUUCCGCUUCCACCAGUUCCGGACCCUGAAGGCGGCCGUCGGGGUCAGCGCGGUCAUCUGGGCCAAGGAGCUGCUGACCAGCGUGUACUUCCUCAUGCACAAAGAGGUCAUCGUGGAUGAGGACCGGCACCGCGUCUGCUUCGAACACUACCCCAUGGAGGCCUGGCAGCGGGGCAUCAAUUACUACCGCUUCCUCGUGGGUUUCCUCUUCCCCAUCUGCCUGCUGCUGGCCUCCUACCAGGGCAUCCUGAGGGCCGUGCGCCGCAGCCACGGCACGCAGAAGAGCCGCAAGGACCAGAUCCAGCGGCUGGUGCUCAGCACGGUGAUCAUCUUCCUGGCCUGCUUCCUGCCCUACCACGUGCUCUUGCUGGUGCGCAGCCUCUGGGAGGCCAGCUGUGAGUUUGCCAGGAGCAUCUUCAACGCCUACCACUUCUCCCUGCUCCUCACCAGCUUCAACUGCAUCGCGGACCCUGUUCUGUACUGCUUCGUCAGCGAGACCACCCACAGGGACCUGGCCCGCCUCCGGGGGGCCUGCCUGGCUCUCCUCACCUGCUCCCGGACUGGCCGGCCCAGGGAGGCCUACCCCCUAGGAACCCCAGAGCUCUCUGGCAAAAGCGGGGCCCAGGGUGAUGAGCCUGAAUUGCUAACUAGGCUCCAUACGGCCUUCCAGACCCCUCACUCACCCGCAGUGGGAGGGUCCCCUACGAUUGGCUUGGCCUAGCUCUCCAGUCACCCAUUCGUAGGGUUGGGUGAGGCCUCGGCUUUCACUUGUGUGGUUGCUUCCCACCUCGUUUCGUCCAGGUGGGAAGGAAUGGCGGGCCUGGGCCACGGCCAGACCCCCCCCCCACCACCCCCGGGCCCCUGGAAAGCUGCUGUAAUUUGCUGAGGCUGGUGACGCUGCCGAGUGUGACUUGAGUUCCUGUCAGCUCCCGAGUGUCCUCUGCUGCUGGCUGGUCUGCUGGUGGGAGGGGAAAUAGCGAGUGAUGGCCUCCAGGAGAUCUGCCAAGAGCAGCUGGGCUUGGGGUGCAGAGUUGGAGGAUGUGGAGGGCACGGUUUGGGGAGAUGAGAGUGGAGACCUGCAUGCUCACCUGCCAGGGCCUUCCAAUGCUGCCGUCACCCCCGGAGAUAACUGUCCUCAUGCGCUACAGUCCUUCGGGGCAUUGACGUUUGUGCCCCGCUCUCUAGCCAGACAGGAAGGGAAGACUAGAGGGGAGAAGGAAGGUCGGGAGGCAUUUGGGGCACGAGGGUGGGGCAGGGACAAUAGGAGGAUGACAAGGGAUGCGUCCUAGCUCCAGAUGCACCCCAGUUUUACAGGGAGAGUUGAACGGAUCCCCCAAGUUUGAAAGCCGAUGGCAAACAAGUCCCAGGGCUCCCCAGGAAGAGGUUGGGGAAUCUCUCAAUUCUCGAGCACAAGGAAUGGGGUCUGAAGCCAUGGUGCCCCAACCCAAGGUCCUCACGCAGACUCCUCUUGGUUAGCUAGCUUUCUGUCCCUGUCUGCCCAGAAGUGAGAGAGAGAGAGUUAAAGAGGGAGGGAGAGAGUUAAAGAGAAAGAAAGAAUGGGAAUCAAAAUGCCAGGGUCUCCAUGACAACUGUGUGCCAACACAAUGGUGUGAUGCUACAGUCAUGUGACUUAUGGCAGAGACACACACACACACACACACACACACACCACAUGCACACACACACACACGCAUGCCACAUGCACACACAUCCUGUUGCUCUGCCACAUGCACAAUAGAGUGUCCAGAAAUCUCAGAGAGGGAGCAUGACAUUUCUCAAGAGGAUACCCAGCACACGCAUCCUUACAUCUCUUGGCCCACAGGCCUAGGGUUACGCUCCACGCUGGUUUAAAUAGCUGUUGUGCCUAGGAGGAAAGGGGAUAGAAAUAAAUUCAUAGCUAGGGAGAUCCACCGCCCCAGUCUAGGAUCUAACUGGGACAACUGUGUUGAACGGGCUGUUGGUGCCCCUCUAUUCCACAGUAUUUGCCCCCUGUUUUUUUUUCUCCUCAAUUUUUAUUAACAUUUUCAAUGAUUAUAAAAAAUAUCCCAUGGUAAUACCCCCCACUUUCCCCUUUGAAAUUCCAUUCUCCAUCCUA